AUGGGGAAAGACUAUUAUGGUAUCCUCGGUGUAGACAAGAAGGCGACAGAAAAUGACAUUAAGAAGGCAUACAAGAAGCAAGCCAUGAAAUGGCAUCCGGACAAAAACCCAGAUAGACAAGCGGAAGCGGAACAGAAAUUCAAAGACAUCGCCGAGGCCUAUGAUGUCUUGUCAGAUUCCAACAAACGCAAAGUCUAUGACCAAUUUGGAGAAGAAGGACUCAAAGGAAACGCUCCAGCCUUACCCUCUAGUGCAGGAGGAGCAGGAGGAAUGCCGGGCGGAUUUAGGUAUGAGUUCCGGGGAGAUCCCAAUGAAAUCUUCAGAAACUUCUUCGGGUCUUCCGGCUUCGGAGGGAUGGGAGGCAGAUUUCGGUCAGGGAUGGGAGGAAUGGGUGGCAUGGGAGGAAUGGGCGGAAUGGGCGGAAUGGGCGGAAUGGGAAUGGGCGGAAUGGGGGGCGCGAUGAAUAUGAAAACUCCGUUCGUCACGGAUUUGAAGUUGACAUUGGAAGAACUCUUUACUGGAGUGACAAAGAAGAUGAAAAUCACUCGCAAGUCUGUUUCGGCAGGGAGGAGCACCGAACACACUUUUGAGAUUCAAGUGAAGCCAGGAUGGAAGGCUGGGACUAAAUUGACGUAUGCGGGCGAAGGAGAUGAAUACGCUCAGGGGCAGGCUCAAGAUGUCGUUUUUGUGAUCAAGGAAAAGCCUCACGAUAGAUUUCAGAGGAGCGGAUCUGAUCUGAUUUACAAAGUUAAGGGAGUGAAGUUGGUUGAUGCGCUCACGGGCUUCACGUUUCACCUCGAGACUUUGGAUAAGCGGAAGAUAUCUGUGGAAAUUCAGGAUGUAGUAUCGCCAAAUUAUACAAAGAUAGUUCGAGGCGAGGGGUUCCCCAAGUCGAAGGAGCCCGGGCAGAAAGGAGACCUCGUCAUCACUUUUGACGUCAUGUACCCCAAGCAACUAUCUCUCUCAGCCAAGCAACAAAUCCGCAAUGCGUUGCAGUAG